AUUUUGUGUCGUGCCCGAAAGGACUGUGAAGUCUUGCAGCGCUUCAGACUUGAGGAGUGACAACUUACGAUGGCGAGAACCCUCUAUAUGUUUGCUCUUCGCUCUUCUCGGUUUUGUGGACGGAGCUGGCAACUGCUGAGCUGAGUUUAGAGCCGCGGCGUUUCCUGUCAGUUGGACAAAACGAGCCACCAACUCCUGCGAGGGUAGCUGGGAUAUUCAAGGACAUUUUAACGUUACCAUAGCUACUUUGGCCUUUUUCUGUCGAUUGAGGAAAUCCAACGUGCGGCGCAAUGAUGUGGGCAGAUUUUGUAAACACGGGUAUUAACGGCGGUUGACAUGUAACACACAUACACACAUACACACACACACAUACACACUCGGGUCGAUGAUGUUUCUCUACGUGUUAUCUUUACAUGUACCCGCACCCCUUCCUCCACCGAAGGGCCAAACAGACGGCGACGUAAAGCAAAUAAUUUGCUGAAUUUCGAUGCGUUCAUCACCACCAUGGCAUUGUUUCCAGACCACAUCAAGUCAGAGGAUACUUCGUGUUGAGGACGAACCGUGAUACUGGUGCAAGUAGGGGCCCCGGACUGUGGACAGAGGCCGAUGAACUUUGAUUUGCUGAGUGCUGGAGUGUGUCACCGGUGUGCAUCAGGUCCAGAAACCAUCCAUGAGGAAUAGAGCUGGUGAUUUGACAAUUCACAUAUAGGAGCCUCUGAGUCCCUCCUGUCCCCUCUCCCCCACCCUUCCCUCUCUCCCUCCCUUCCUCCCCCCUUCCCUUGUUGAUCUUCUCCCUCAUCCCCUCUUCCCCUUCCUCCAAAAAUCAUCAUGCUUAUCAAGGAGUACCGCAUCCCCAUGCCCAUGAGUGUGGAGGAGUACCGCAUCGCCCAGCUCUAUAUGAUCCAGAAAAAGAGCAGAGAAGAGAGCUGUGGUGAAGGUAGUGGGGUGGAGAUCCUUGAAAAUAAGCCCUACACAGAUGGACCUGGUGGGACGGGCCAGUACACCCAUAAGGUCUACCACAUUGGCAUGCACAUUCCCAGCUGGUUCCGCUCCAUCCUGCCCAAAGCAGCGCUAAGAGUCGAAGAAGAAUCCUGGAAUGCCUAUCCUUAUACUCGUACCAGAUACACGUGUCCCUUUGUUGAGAAAUUCUCCAUUGACAUUGAGACAUACUACAAACCUGAUACAGGAAACCAAGCAGAUGUCUUUAACAUGUCUGGGGCAGAGAAGAGGCAGAGGAGCAUUGACCCAAUCGACAUUGUGACAGAUCCCAUCCCCCCUCACGAGUACAAAGCUGAGGAGGACCCACGGCUCUACAAGUCAAUGAAGACCCAGAGGGGUCCUCUGCGGGAUGACUGGAUAGAGGAAUACAACAAUAACCCAGGGAAGUCUCCCAUCAUGUGUGCCUACAAACUGUGUAAAGUGGAAUUCCGGUACUGGGGCAUGCAGUCUAAGAUUGAACGCUUCAUCCAUGAUGUUGGACUGAGGAAGGUGAUGGUGCGUGCCCACCGGCAGGCCUGGUGCUGGCAAGAUGAGUGGUACGGUCUGACCAUGGAGGACAUCAGGCAGCUGGAGCUGGAAACCCAGCUGACCCUGGCCCGGAAGAUGGCUCAGUUCAGUCAGGCAGAGGAGGCUACCGAAGCUAACGGAGGUGCACCAUCGCCAGAUAAAGAACAGGAGGCGAAAGAGGCGAUCAGCUCCAUUGAAGCUGAGGAGGUUGUGGUCAGCUCAGGCGGAGAGACGCUGCAGCCAAGAGGUGUCCUCACCAAGCAGUGGUCCACCUCAUCUCGAUCCUCCCGCUCAUCCAAGAGAGGAGUGAGUCCAUCACGUCACAGCAUUUCAGAGUGGAGGAUGCAGAGCAUAGCACGAGACUCAGAUGACAGCUCGGAUGAGGAGUUCUUCGAUGCUCAUGAGGAUCUCUCAGAUGGAGAGGAGGUCUUCCCAAAGGAAAUUGCCAAGUGGAACUCCAAUGACCUUAUGGACAAGAUCGAAGCUGCAGACACAGAGGAAACACCUGGUGAGCUGUUCAAGGAAAUGACAGUGGACUAUGAAAGAGCAGCCAGUGAGGACAGACUAGAUGAGAUGCGUGGCUCUCUUAGCGGCCAAGCUGAUAGCUCUCCCAUUCCCACCAUCAUGGUAACAAGGCACCAGUCAGAGAGCACGUCCCAGCAGUGUCUGCAGCCUUCAAAGAUCCAUGUGCUGAUCUUGGUUCUUCAUGGAGGGAACAUCCUGGAUACAGGCGGGGGGGACCAGAGCAGCAAACAGGCUGACGUCAACACCAUUAGUACGGCUUUCGACACAGUCAUGCGUGUUCACUACCCUGCUGCGCUGGGACGCAUCGCCAUCCGCUUGGUGCCCUGCCCUGCCAUCUGUGCUGAGGCCUUCUCCCUGGUGUCCAAUUUGAGUCCAUACAGCUAUGAUGAGGGAUGUCUCUCCAGCAGUCAGGACCACAUCCCCCUGGCUGCUCUGCCUCUUUUGGCCACAUCUGCGCCACCGUACCAGGACGCCGUGGCUACGGUCAUCGUCAGAGCCAAUCAGGUGUAUGCAGACUUCAUCAAGUCUCUGGAUGGAGCAGCCUUCUCUGGCCAGGUGUGCCUCAUUGGGGACUGUGUAGGAGGAAUCUUAGGGUUCGAUGCACUGUGCAGUAGCAAUCAGACUGUUACUGAAAGUCAGAACAGCAGUCGCAGAGGUAGCGUCAUCAGCGUACAGGACCAGGACCUCCUAUCUCCAGGCAUCAUUGUCAACAGUGGCCACGGAUCAUCCUCCCCAACGUUGGAGGGCAGCCGCCACCUCAGCCGCAGUAACAUUGACAUGCCUCGUGCCGGCACAGGUGACGACACCAAGAGACAGCUGCAGCGUAAGAGAAGCGAUUCGUCAACUUAUGAAAUGGACACGAUCAAACAGCACCAAGCCUUCUUGUCCAGCUUACACUCCAGUGUCUUGCGAAGUGAUGCAGCUUCACGCAGGUCCAGCAGCAGCACUAUGCUAGAUGGAUGCUCCCUGGGGAAGUUUGACUUUGAGGUGUCCGACUUUUUCCUGUUUGGCUCUCCACUGGGCCUUGUACUUGCGCUGAGAAAAACCGUUAUUCCAAUGCUGGAUGUGGCCCAGCUGCGUCCCGCUUGCCAGCAGGUCUACAACCUUUUCCACCCAGCCGACCCCUCUGCAUCUCGCCUGGAGCCACUUCUGGAGAGGAAGUUUCAUCUCCUCCCUCCCUUCAACGUGCCCCGAUACCAACGCUUCCCCCUGGGAGAUGGAAACUCAGCUCUGCUGGUGGAGACAGUCCAGAGCAACGCUCAGCUGCUACUUGACAGCGGGCUCCCUCUGUCCCUUCGCUGUCAGGAGACCAUCAGUGAGACCUGCAUCCCUGUGCCUGUGCUAAACUGGCAGGAGAGCUCCCUCAAAGCCACACCCGCCACUAUGGAGUCAGAUGUUGUUCAGUCUCAUGGUGGUGUCUUCAUGGACAGUUCGUACCCCUCAUCCCCUGUAACGGGCCCCCUCUCCCGGGGCCAGCGGAGGGCCAGUGAGGUCAGCAUUGCCAGCCAGGUCUCAGGAAUGGCAGACAGUUACACUGCCACCAACAUAGCCAACACUAAAUCAUUCCAAAUUAACCAAACCAAAAAGUUGAGCCUUUUGUCUCAAAUUGCCUUGACAUCACAAAACAAAUUCUUCCUGAAAAGUCCCCCUAAGUCCCGUAAGAAAGGUGGGGCUGUCCUGACCCCGGGAUCUCCUGAUGCAGGUCUUGUGGCAGAGCAGGACUGUGUCACAGAGACCAGUGGCACUCUAAGUCCCGUUGACCAGUAUGAGACCUGCUUGUCUGCGGGCCUGGACUGUGCUAUAUCUGAUCUGGUCUCACUGGAUUCCCAGGCUGAAGUGGAGCAAGUUGCAGCACGUUGGUGGGGUACAAAGCGGCUGGAUUUUGCCCUGUACUGCCCCGAUGCUCUGACUGCUUUCCCCACUGUGGCUUUGCCGCACCUCUUCCACGCAUCGUACUGGGAGUCCACCGAUGUUGUGUCUUUUCUCUUGAGACAGGUCAUGAGGCAUGAAAACUCCAGCAUCCUGGAACUGGAUGGGAAAGAAGUGUCUGAAUUCACACCAUCUAAACCUCGAGAAAAAUGGCUCCGCAAGAGGACGCAUGUAAAAAUCAGGAACGUGACUGCCAACCAUCGUGUAAAUGACGCAGUGUUCACUGAAGACAACCAGCAGGUUGUAACAGGUCGCUUCAUGUACGGUCCUCUGGACAUGGUCACUCUAGCCGGAGAAAAGGUUGACCUCCAUAUUAUGACUCAGCCUCCAUCAGGAGAGUGGGUGUACUUCAGCACAGAGGUGACCAACAGCAGUGGGCGUGUGUCUUUUGUCAUCCCAGAUGACAGACGCCUGGGGAUUGGAGUCUAUCCUGUCAAAAUGGUUGUGAGAGGUGACCACACAUUUGCAGACAGCUACCUGACGGUUAUUCCUCGUGGCACAGAGUUUGUGGUGUUCAGCAUUGACGGCUCAUUUGCUGCCAGUGUUUCCAUCAUGGGCAGCGACCCCAAAGUGCGGGCCGGAGCUGUGGACGUCGUCAGGCACUGGCAGGAUUUAGGCUACAUGAUCAUCUACGUGACAGGACGUCCAGACAUGCAGAAGCAGCGGGUAGUGGCUUGGUUGUCUCAGCACAACUUCCCUCAUGGGAUUGUGUCCUUCUGUGAUGGAUUGGUUCACGACCCCCUCAGACACAAAGCCAACUUCCUCAAGUCCCUGACAGAGGCUCACAUGAAGAUUUUUGCUGGUUACGGAUCAACCAAAGACAUUUCAGUCUACACAUCCAUUGGCCUCCCUCCAUCCCAAAUAUAUAUAGUUGGUAGACCUUCCAAGAAGAUGCAGAACCAGUGCCAGUUCAUAACAGAGGGAUAUGCAGCUCAUUUGUCCCAGCUGGAGUACAACCACCGCUCUCGACCAGCCAAGUCCAGCAGUGCACGCAUGGUGCUGCGUAAAGGCAGCUUCGGCCUGGGUGCAAACAGCGACUUCCUGAGGAAACGAAACCACCUUCUGCGCACCAUCUCCUCGCAGCCGGCCCCCAGCUCUCCAACAGGCAACAUCCACAACAGACCAGAGCGCACACAGAGCCAGUCUGACAGCGAGCGUCUGGAGCGGGAGCGUCUGGAGCGCACUCACAGCCAUAACCAGGGAGCAACCCAGCGCAGUAUGAGCAUCACUGCGAGCUGCUGGGGCCGCAGCAGCAGCACGAAGCUGGAACCGGGUCUUUUCAGCCCAAAAUGAGAUUAGAGACACUUUGUGAAAACCCCUGCAAGACAGAGACUUAGAGACACAGUGCUAAUAAAGAGAUGGGGAAAAAAUUAAUGCAAAGAGUGAGAAACAGUUGGCUUGCACCAGAUGGGUAAAUACCACAGUGAAAAUAUAAGGUGCUACUGUACAAACCACUCUUUAUAAAAGUAAUGUCAGUGAUGCACUGCACUCAACACAGAUAUCUCUAUAAAGAGGCUGUUGUUAUAUUUAUUUUAAAACACAGAGAACUUGACAGAAUUUCUUCAAGAAACAUCUUGAAGUGGGAACAUGCACACAGAACACAGACAGAAAAUAUGUAACCCAGACUGUUUCUUACUGUUGAGUAAAUAUUUAUCAGUCUUGAAUACAAGUCAGUUUACCUCCUACAACAGGCUUUUAGAUCGGAGCACCCCAUGAUGUGUAAUUAUACAGUAAGCGACACAGCGUGGUUACUCAGCCUGUGUCAAGCCCACGUGUUGAUAUUGCAUUUUAACUGGGUAUUGCAAGCACAACAAUUAAUAACGAUAACUUUGUAAAUACUAGUUUUAAAGCUUCGUCCUUUUUAUGUGAUAAUCAGAUAUGUUCUAGUCUGAGAGCAGAACUGAGAAUCAGGUAAAACUGGACUGAAUGUGUUUUAUUUUCUGGGUGUGAGCAAACAUUCACACCAUCAUGUAGCCAAAAUGAAUCUUUGUUAGAUUGUUUGUAUGAAAAUAUUGUAAUUAAUCAUUAAUGCCAAACAAUGUGUGAGUGAUUUCAAAGCCAAUGUGAAAUGAUUUGAUUAAGAGCUUCUUGAUUAUGCAUGCACGUCUAGCGAUGGCUAAAUUCUGUUAAACUCUGAUGGCUGAUCACCAAACCAUGCAUUCCAGUUUUGCUUGUUUUUAGUCUUCCCUCAGACCAAAGAACCAUCCAAAUAUGACACAAAGCAAACUGAGAAAUUACCCUUUAAUUACGGUUGCAGCUCCAACUGUUCCUGGGGUUUUAUAGCAUUUCACCACAUCUCACCAUAUGACGCUGCUGAAUAAGGUUUGACUCAGCUAUGGGGAAAAACACCUACUUCUGUAUGGUUUAUGUGCCAAAGUAAACAGUAUGGAAUGAUAUACUGUACAUGAACAGAGAGGAAAUGAAUGGUCUUCUGUGUAAAAAUGAACAGAUUGUGUAAGUAUGUAGUUGAAUGCCUUAUGAAGGCUUGUACAUAAUUGUUAUAUUACAGUGCAGAUCUGGUAUCUGGUCCACUGAAGACCAGUUUCAAGUGUCUUUACUCUGGGGUAAACACCACCUCAUUCAGGAUACAAUUUAUUGAUUGAUGACAAGAAUUAUUGUUAUUUAAGAUAUUAGAAAUUUUAAAAUGUAUUGAUUUUUGUGAACAAAAUGUGUUUUAAGAU